GAGGUUACUUACUACCGCCAAUCACUUUUCUCUUUUCUCUCCUGCUGCCUUCCUUUGUCCUUCUCUUCACUUCCCUCGCCAUUUUUGUUUUCUUCUAAUAAUUAGAAACCACUCUCAUUUCUUACUCUUGAUCCCGUUUCCCGAUUCCAGGGUUUCUGUAAUAAGUAAUUCAUUCAAAAAUUUGGAUUGAUCAGUUGGGGAAGGAAGGAAGGAAGGAAGAAGAAGACGAUGAUGAACACUAGAGUACGCUCUGCUCUUCAGGGCUUGAAAGCUCCAUUGCACCAUGAUAAUACCAACAAUAAUAACAAUACCAACCACAAAAAGGAGAAAAUGCAGAGCCAUGGUGGAGGAAUAAGAGCAAUUGCUGCCUUAAAAUCUGCAGCCAUUACCAACAGGCGUAAAUUGAACAGAGAAAGGAAAUUGGCAUUGCUACAAGAUGUUGAUAAGUUGAAGAAGAAGCUUAGACACGAGGAGAAUGUACAUAAAGCAUUAGAGAGAGCUUUCACUAGACCUCUUGGAGCUCUCCCUCGCCUGCCUCCUUAUCUCCCUCCUUAUACAUUAGAGUUGCUUGCGGAAGUGGCUGUACUAGAAGAAGAAGUAGUUAGGCUUGAAGAGCAAGUUGUGAACUUUAGACAAGGCCUCUACCAAGAAGCUGUCUACAACAACAACUGUUCUAAAAACUCUACUAAUGAUGGAGUUUCUGAACAACAGCAACAACAACAACAACCUUGCUGUUCUUCGUCUAGUACGAAAACACCAGCUAGGCAUUCGAGAUCAAAGUCAGUCUUGUCGACCAACGAGCUCAUCAAUUCAUCGCCAUUUGGAUCAGCAGCCAGACAGCAGCGGCAGCCUUCUCCUGGUAGAAGUAGAUCAAGCAGAAAGCUCUUGCCAAGUGAGAGUCCAAUAAUAAGUGGUCAAUCAAGGCAUAAAGGUCAAGGCUCAAACAAGGUGUUCUCUUCCUCUCCAUAUGAUGAGAUAGGGAAGGAGAAUCGUUCGUGGAGUAAUUCGUUGAAAGAGAAGCAAUCUCCUGAGAAGAGAAAUGGUAAGGUUGCAACCCCACGUAAGAGACUGUUUGAUAACAGACGGCUAUCAGAAGAUAAAUGCUCAGUUGUUCCUUCAAAGUCAAGGGUGGAAUGCAGGUUAGCAGAAGAAGAAGCAACUUCAUCAUCGGGUUGCUCGGAUGAAGUUCUUGAAGCUAACAAGCUAUCUGAGGAUAUGGUGAAGUGCCUAUCCACCAUUUUGAUGAAGAUGAGAACAUCGAAAGACAAGGCAGCGGCAGAUAUGAUCACCACCCUAGAAAGUGAGUGUGGUUGGGACGCUUAUUACCACGGUGAAAGUAGUAGAGAUAACAACACUGUUGGUCCAUACAGAGAUAUGUGUGCAAUUGAAGCCAGCUCGAUCGACCUCAACCGGGCAACAACCGUUGUGUUCCUGUUACGUAGGCUGAAGUUUCUGAUAGAGAAACUUGGCAGCGUGAAUUUGGAAGGGCUUACUCACCAGCAAAAGCUUGCUUUCUGGAUAAACAUAUACAACUCUUGUAUGAUGAAUGCCGUUUUGGAGCAUGGGGUGCCUGAGACGCCUGAAAUGGUUGUGGCACUAAUGCAAAAGGCAACGAUAACAGUCGGGGGUCGCCUGCUGGAUGCCAUCACAAUUGAACAUUUCAUACUGCGGCUUCCUUACCACUUGAAAUUCACAUGCGAAAAGGCGUCGAAGAACAACAGCGACGAGAUGAAGGCGCGCAACAGCUUCGGGUUAGAGUGGUCAGAACCUUUGGUCACCUUUGCACUCUCCUGUGGAAGCUGGUCCUCCCCUGCUGCUGCUGUGCGGGUAUACACCGCUUCAGAAGUGGAAGAAGAGCUAGAGGCAGCAAAGAGAGACUACCUGGUUGCAGCAGUUGGGAUGUCAAAGACGAGACAGGAAGCUGAUGAUACCAAAGCUACUGGGCUGGUAUCUGCUGGACUUUGCCAAGGACAUGGGCUCGUUGCUGGACUGGGUCUGCCUGCAGCUGCCCGAUGGGCUCAGGGAUGAAGCUGUGAGGUGCGUGGGGAGAGAGCCAUUGUCACAUUUGGUUCAGGUCACGCCUUACGAUUUCAGCUUCAGGUUUCUUCUGCAGAGGUGAGAAUUGGAAAGAGGAAUGAUAUAUGGAUUUUGAUAGAGCUUUGGGAAAUAGGAAGUGGGGUAAUAGGUGGGAAUAAAUGGUUCCUACACAUAAAAUAGAUGGGCUUGUUUUUUGGGUUCUUUUUCUUUGGGUUGGACUUAUUGGUGGUGGGUUGUGAUUAUUCUACACACAAAACAUUCUUUCAACUUCUUUCUGUAAUACAAUUUGGUCACUCCG